GACAAAGUUGAAGCAAACUGAACUAGACUGCGAUUUUUUGAAGAGGUGUGUUGAGAAUCUGACAGAAGAAAACAGGAGAUUACAGAAAGAGGUUCAAGAGCUAAGAGCACUGAAGCUUUCACCUCAAUUCUACAUGCAAAUGACCCCUCCCACCACCCUCACCAUGUGCCCUUCAUGUGAGCGUGUUGCAUCGGGUCCCACAAGUACACCUGUCAAUCUUAGGCUGGGUCCACCUCAGCAGUUAAACCUGUGGGCCACCACUCCCAUAUCACAAGGGCAAUUUGGUCAAAUGGACUCUCAUCCUACGCUUGCAAGACAAAAGUGACAAUGACAAACUGUAAUAUAUGUAGGGAGGAAUAUAAUGGUUUUAAGAUAAGGUUGUUGGGCAUGUUGGGGAUUUGGUGGGUCUAGAAAAUCUCUUUGCCUUUAUUGUAGACCCUCCAUUUUUUUCCCCCUUUUACCGACUGAUUGAUUAGGGUCAAGUCAUUUUACUCUAUUUAGUAAUAGUUCUAUCUUCCCCAUUUCAAGAUCAUUAGCGGGGACUGUGGAAGAGGACUUUUUUUUUGUAAAGUAAUGCAAUGAUACCAAAAACAAAAGUUUAUUCAUUUGUUUUA